GGUACACAUAAAGAAACACACCAAUCAAUAAUUAGAAAGAAACAAAAAGAUAGAGAGAAGAGAGAGACAUGGCUAAUGCGAAGAAGCCCUUCUGCCUUUUGGCCUUCUUUUGUCUGUUAUUACAGUUAUUCUCCAUCUUCCACAUCGGAAAUGGGGAGCUGGAGAUGAAUUAUUACAGAGAGAGUUGUCCGAAAGCGGAAGAGAUAAUAAGACAACAAGUGGAGACGCUUUACUACAAACACGGCAACACUGCCGUCUCUUGGCUCCGUAAUCUCUUCCAUGACUGCGUCGUCAAGUCGUGUGACGCGUCGCUGCUGCUAGAGACAGCAAAAGGUGUUGAAUCUGAGCAAAAGUCGACGAGGAGUUUCGGGAUGAGAAACUUUAAGUAUGUUAAGAUUAUCAAAGACGCAGUCGAGAAAGAGUGUCCGAACACAGUUUCUUGUGCCGAUAUUGUCGCUCUCUCAGCUAGAGAUGGUAUUGUCAUGUUGAAAGGGCCAAAGAUAGAGAUGAUAAAGACAGGAAGGAGAGAUAGUAGAGGGAGCUACUUGGGAGAUGUUGAGACUCUAAUCCCAAACCACAAUGACUCACUCUCCUCUGUUCUCUCAACUUUCGACUCAAUCGGCAUCGAUGUCGAAGCCACCGUCGCUCUCUUAGGUGCUCACUCUGUGGGUAGGGUCCACUGCGUUAACCUAGUGCACCGGCUAUACCCAACGAUUGACCCGACCCUCGACCCAAGUUACGCCCUUUACUUAAAGAACCGUUGCCCAACUCCAACUCCGAGUCCGGACGCCGUCUUGUACUCCCGCAAUGACCGUGAGACGCCGAUGGUUGUUGACAACAUGUACUACAAGAACAUCAUGGCUCAUAAGGGACUCCUUGUCAUUGAUGACGAGCUAGCUUCUGAUCCUAGGACCGCGCCGUUUGUGGCGAAGAUGGCUGCGGACAACGGUUACUUCCAUGAGCAGUUCUCACGCGGUGUCGGACUCUUGUCGGAGACCAACCCACUUACCGGAGACCAAGGGGAGAUCAGGAAGGAUUGUCGUUAUGUGAACUAACUGAUUAUAAUUAAAAGUUGCGGAAAGAUGUAUAAUAAUCAUAUAUAUCUAUGUAUGAAUGAAUGUAAAUGGUUUGGAUUCAAUAAGAAGAAAUACCAAAACCGUUAUGAAUUGAUAUAUGUUUGGAUCUUCUGAUCAAGGUUCGAUGUAAUUUUUGUAUUCUUUUUUUCUUUGGUAUUUUCGUAAGUGAUUUCAAAAUCAUCUACCGAUCAGAACUUAUUCGAAUUUUAGUCUAAUA